UCCCGCCGCACGCCGAGAGACCAACAGAGCAGCUAUUGUUAGCCGAGGAGCCGCCAGCAGACUUUAUCCCACACUCACCAUCUACCUGCCGCAGACUGUCACCCAGGAGCCCCCGCCGAACACCGGAGGUCGAGCUCGGCGAGGAAAGGAGCCAGGGUGCGCGGAAGGGAGGAAGGAAAGACUCGGGAGGAAAGACACGGAGGAAAGAAGGAAGUAAACACGGACGGAUCGACCGCUGGGGCUCGGGACUCAACAGGUACUUCGAUGGUGUAACAGCGGCUCGGACCUUUUGCCUUUUUUACACGCCGGGGAAACACACGGAGAAACACACGCAGGAAGAUGCCGCUGGGCCCGUGGAAGAAGAAGAACAAGUCGACGAAGGAGCACCUGGUGGACAACGAGGAGGUCGGCGGCGGACACGCAGGUGCCGGGAACCAGAGUAAAUCCGCCGUGAACGGAGCGGGACUCCCGCCUCCACCUGCCAACCUGCGGCCCAAGCUGGUGUUCCACACACAGCUGGCGCACGGAAGUCCCACCGGCAGGAUCGAGGGCUUCGCCAACGUCAAGGAGCUUUACUCCAAAAUAGCCGAGGCGUUUAACAUCAGCCCACCUGAGAUCAUGUUCUGCACCCUGAACACCCACAAGAUCGACAUGGACAAGCUGCUGGGGGGGCAGAUCGGCCUGGAGGAUUUCAUCUUCGCCCACAUCAAAGGAAUCAAGAAGGAGGUAGAAAUUCAUAAAACCGAGGACGCUCUCGGCCUCACCAUCACCGACAACGGAGCAGGCUACUCUUUCAUAAAGCGUAUCAAAGAGGGCAGUGUUGUGGACGGGGUGAAGGUGAUCGGCGUGGGCGACCACAUAGAGUGCAUCAACGGGCGAAACAUCGUCGGGAUCCGACAUUACGAGGUCGCCCGCAUGCUGAAAGAGCUGACCAAAGACAAAGCCUUCACACUCAAGCUGGUGGAGCCCAUGAAGGCCUUCGAAAUGCUCGAGCCCAGGUCGAAGGGUGCCAAACCUGCCAGUGAGAACAAAGUCGGGACGGGGAAGGGGACGCUGAGACUCCGCUCCAAGGGCCCAGCUACUGUGGAGGACGAGCCGACAGAAUUUGAGGAGAAGGCGGUGAAGAAAGUGGACGACCUGCUGGAGAACUACAUGGGCAUCAGAGACACUGAGCUCGCUGCCACGAUGGUCGAGGUCGGCCGCGACAAGAAGAACCCGGACGAGUUCGCCAUGGCGCUGGACGAGACCCUCGGGGACUUUGCUUUCCCGGAUGAGUUUGUCUUCGACGUGUGGGGCGCCAUCGGUGACGCCAAGCAGGGGAGAUUCUAAGUUUCUUGCCUCUCCAAACCCCCACACACACACACACACACACACACACACACACACACACACACACACACACACACACACACACACACUCCCUCCUCCCCCAUCUCACCUCUUCUAAUCCUCAGAAGCCGACUGGACAAACUUCAACCUGCACAAACAGCGGUGGACAAAGUGUCUACCACCAUCACCUAGUUGUUAGGUGUAGCUUUGCACUUGGGUGGAGAAUCUGUGAGAGUCCACUUCGGCUUAAUCGGAUCAUGUAAAGAAUUUCACAUGUCGGGGGGGCGGUGUAAUCUUGGAACGAUGUCCACGACAUGUGGAUUUCAGUUUCACACACUGGACCUGCCUCUCGUGUACAGAGGUGUUGGGGAUUCAUCCAGAUGUUGUCUUGAACUCACGUACGUCCCACGAGAGGCCGGAUCCCUCCACCUGCACCUGAUGCUAUUCCUCAGUCAAACCAGUUAGACUAGUCAACAGUGACUCAUCACACUGGUUGUAAAUGGUACGUGCACGACCUUAAACUGUAAAAACAAUCACACGGUUUUAAUCAUUCUUUGCAGCUGUGUCAUUUUAAGUAUACAGAUGUGUCACAUAGCUUUUUAUAGGCUCUUUUUAUAUGUGAAAGUGCUGCUGAUUUUCUAGCAGCAGCAUAGUGUAAUUCUAGUGAUUGUAGCGAUGUCUCUCUCCCGUCUUUUGAAAUCUUUUAGAUGAGCUCGUGGUAGAGAAACGUUACUUUACCUUGUGAUUCUCUCUGUGCCCUUAAACGUCUCAGCGUGAGCCUUGCGUCCAUCCGUCAGAGACCGAGCAAUAAAGAGGGGGUUUUAUCUUUAAAUGCCUUUUUAUCAGGGUUUGACAACACAUUCCACCAACAUUCCUCCUGUUGUUUCUAGUCUGUUAACAUGUCAGGAAUAGACGGUUUAUUUCCUGUAAUUUAUUUUAUCGUGAAAAAUCAAGAUGCUGUCAGACAUUUUGUGCGCCGGGAGGUGGAAGCCAUUUUUUAGGCGGCGUCUGGAAUGGGAUCAAUGUCAAUCCGAUGUCUUAAAUAACUGCACUAUUUAAAAUCACUGUCAAACUGAAUUUAAAUAGUGACUUGAUUAGUGUCGUCCGCUGAUGUUUUAACUGUCCACGGCAGUUGUUUGUUGUUUAUUGUUUGACGAACCAUAAGGGAUCACUAUUGUUAAUAGACAAUAAAAUUUCAUAUAGUUA